CUAGGAAUAUUUUAUCUCGCUGGCGAUUUCAUGUAAUUUUCAGCUAUUCCGGUCAGCGUCGUUAGGUUGCCGUCUCUCAAUGAUCCUAUUAUUCCAGUCGAUUGUCCGGUUUUCAGAGAAUAGAAAUGCCGACCUUGUCAUAGAUCCCGCGCCUACAACUUGCUUGAAUCUUUGGUGGCUCCUCGCACAUCAAGUUGUUAGAGAAUACCCUGUCCACAGGGACGAGUCAUCACAAGGUUUCGGCUUUUUCUUCGAUCUUUCGAGCACCUGGCCUGGUGUUCAGGCUUUAAGAGUGGCAGUUGUGUUCCAAGCGAUUCCCUGUUUUGAGAAAGCGACCCACCUGAUGUCCCUAUAUUUCCUACUGUUGACAGCUCCUUUCGGAUUAUUUCCUUAUCUCCGGGUAGGGGCAACCAUCCUUCUGGUCAGAAUAAUAUGAAGAAGGACAGAAGACUCUUUGACUUCUGCACUUCUCAUUAGGAAGAUCCAAUCAGAGGGGCAUUUUUUCGUUACAGGAUUCUGCCCCCACCCAAAGAGGAAACAAAAUGUUAUCCCAAAGGAUACGCCACGACUCACGCGCAGCAGCAAAGGGAAAGGUUUGGAAUUUGAAAAGGUAUUACAGAAGGCACUUGGGCUUUAUCAAUGUUCACGAUGAGGACAUGCAUUCCGUUUUUGCAGAAUCCAACCUGGUCGGCAAAACAUAAUUAUUUUUCACCACCAGGGUAUCGUGUAAAUUAUUUAUUCACCCAUGAUGACUGCUCAACAAUAUCGUGAUCUGGCCGAGCAAUAUCAAUCUCAGUGGUUUAAAGAAACACGCAGAUUAGUCUCGCUUCUACACCGGGUGAUAUCGGAAGUUACGAGUCCGACGGGGAGUAUAUACAAAUCCGACGGGGAGUAUCUACCAGAAGGGCGUAAGGACAUGGCUGAGGAUUCUGCCACCGCCCAAAGAAGAAACAAAAUGUUACCUCUAAGGACACACCACGACUCACUCGCAGAAGCAAAGGGUAAGGUUUGGAAGGGCAACACAUAUCAUGAUGACAAACAGAAUAGCUUCUGACUGUGUUUUCUUUUCUUUAUUCACCAAUUACUAUAUGGAGACCCCACUUCAAUGUGACCCACUGUUUACGGAGCAAAACAAGUUACCCCCAUCACAUGUUUUGUUUUUGUUUUGUUUAGCACGCAGAUCGAUACGCCCAUCUUCAGGUAAAAUUACCAGAUUUGGUUGUGUAUUUUGCCGUAAACCGUUUUAAUUUACUUGAAGAGAUUGACGUCAAAUAUGUCAACAGGUAAAGAGAACUACGAUAGAUUUAAAACAAUAAUAGGCAACGGUUACAUACUGUAAACUUACAUUAUUUAGCGGUAAUAUUAUGUCAGCGCAUUUCGCGUUGAAAGCAUUCCGCCAAAAUAUGUUUGUGCUAAUUGCAGUUUCUGUACAUAUUUUGCCUUGGAAUGUACCGUCUUUGCGCCAAUUCAUCCUUGCGCCAAUCUUUAGAUUCAGUAAUACGCUAACAUUUGAGUGCGCCAAAAUAAAUUUGUAUACAGUACUCAUCCAAAGGUUUGGGCUUCUUCUUUUUUUUUAUCUUUAGAUAUAAAGUGGAUUAUUUGAAGGUAUUGAUUACCCGUUUCUAUACCGCGUGCGACAUGCCUUUUUUGAGAAGCAGUGUAUGCAACUGUCGCCUAUGUAGUAUCUCUAAAACUUUUUGUGUAAUAUCGUCACUGUUGUUGCGAAUGUCGUGAACAGGUUUAAAUAUCGAAGCAGAUAAGCUCCGGGAAAUACUGAAUAAAGCUACCAUUGUGUAACGUUACUACCUCUGUAUCCAUUUUACAUACAUGUUUGUCUGCUGUCUGUUAUAGACGAUUCCAUCCACCGCCAAUCAUACAUCUAAUACAAAAUCUAGUCUCAAGAUUAUAUAAGAUGCGCAUGCGUAUGUUGAUGGCGGACCAAUGACAGUAUACUUUAAGAGCAACUAUUACAGAAGACACGUAGGUAGAGUAAUAAUCCGCCUACAGUCAACAUGGCUCUCCUACAGUUGUUUUUCCUGAUUGGUACGGCUACCUUCAUCAAUGCUGCAUGUCCAGAUGUUCCAGUCAAACCCGAGUUUGACGCUACUAAGUUUGCCGGUAUGUGGUAUUGGACGGAAUGGCUAAACAAUGGAAUGUUAUCGUCAGAGAUUCCGGGAGUGAUAGAUUGUGUGACUAGUAACUUCACAGUGACAGAAAGCGGCAACAUGAGCGUCGGUCUAACGUGGAGAGAGAAAAUGACCAAUAUGGAGAGAAGUACAGAGGGCCGCCUUAUCCAGAAGGAUUCUCCAAAUCAUUUUGAGUCCACCAUUACAGAGUUAUUUAAGAUACCGAUCGGAGGAAUCUACGUUCUAGACACUGUAGCUAGAUCGUGGGCGGUUGUCUAUACCUGUAGAAACAUCUUUUUUGGCCUGUUCACAAUAGAAACAGCAUGGCUAUUACAUCGAAAUCCUGCUGGAAGGACCGGGCGCCAGAGGAACAUUGUAAACAGGCGAUGGCAGGAAAGUCCGAACUUAGGGUUCAUCCUCGACACGGAUCAAUUCAACACGUUCAACAAUACCGAAUGUCAGAAUCAGUGAUGAUUAGCACAACAGAAUGUAUUCCAGUGAGAACGGAUACAUUGUAGUGGGCUUUAAUGGUUAAUAUGUAAUUCGCGGGAUAACAAUAAAACAUUAAUGCAGAAU